UGCCUUAGGUAUGUACCAAGUUCCAUCAGUCACGGCCCUAAGUAUGUAAAUUGAAUUAUUUAUUGUCUAUAGAUAUGCAUAAUAUUUUAUGGGGGAAAAAUCUUAGAAGCAUGACAUGCUUUUUUUUAUUUUUCUGCACCGUGUUGUUAUAAAUUACAGUUGAUUUAACUUCUAUUUAUGAAACAGAAGGUAGACUAGCGCAACAAGCAGUGAUGCACUGCAUUCCGCGUAUUAAAGAACUAAACUUUGCUUUAAACUGUUCCAAGUUUUACUACCGGGUAUUUACAUAAAUUUUUAGCUGCGAUUCCGCGUUAUGGUAUUAAAUCAUUGUAUGUAUGUGUGUAUUUAUGCGCGUAUAUGGUUCAUCUUGCGCUUGAGUGAUUUCGAAUAGAAAGAGCGGAUCUGUUGAGCUGAACUGUCGUAUGAUUGUUAUUACUUUUUUGUUGAUCCGGGAGCGCAACCCAGUUUUUUAGCGUUGGUGGCGGGUUCGUUGCCUGAGGUAGUUUGCUGUUUUUAACAUUAUUUUUUUCUGUAUUUUAUUUUAACUGUUGCUUUUGCUGGUGACAUGAAGAGGUGGUUGAGUGUGUGGAUGUGGUUGUUUAGUUUUUGCUGAUCGUUCCAUGAUAAUCGGAACUAUUUUAAAGGCAACAUACACACAUUGGCCAUAAUACAUAAACACCGUUGCUACAAAUUCUUUUCGGGAUGCCAUAAGGCCAUUUAACGCUGUUCACUACAGUUGCUUUUUAGAAUCUGCAUCGAACGGUCGAUAUUUGUUUUGUCGAAAAGUAAUAAUAUAUAUUACCACAACCGAGUAUUAAAAAUGAGGAUAAUUUAAGUGGAUUCAAGUGCAUACACACGUUUACUAGUUUUGAAUAUUUGUAUUUGAUAGCCUGUUGCAACACAAUAUUCCGUUUGAGGGCAGGGCUAACGGUGUAUCAUUAAAUAUUUUGCAUUCGUUUGCUUAGAUCUACUUGUCUGCUCUCAUUCAAAAGGGCCAACACUUUUAGCCAGAAAUGUAUGCCCACCGACCUCAGCAAUGGGUGCUGGCAUUCCUUACGCUUGCUAGUUACUCUAUUCUGCUGGUGCGUGCCAUGCAAAUACCUCAGGACGUUGAAAUACUUGAAGGAUACCAGUUUGACGAAUCACCCGAAUACUACUCGACUGAUUCAAAUUACUAUGAGGCAAGAAGCCUGCUAUCUGGUUUUAAAAAAGCCAUUCGCAAUAAACGUUCAACAUUAGAAUACGACCAGGCUAAAGGCUUGGCGGUGGCAGGCGGUUCGCAAUCAAAUAACCUUCAGGAAUUUACACAAAAUAUUGGUAGUCAGCAUAUUAAGGUGCACGAAAAGGAGGAAAAGAGUGAGGGUGAUGAGUUAGGAGCCGAUAUGCCACGGGCGGAAAAACAAAUAAUGGACCCCGAUUAUGACUACUAUUCACAGCGGCACAUUUCCUCGUGGAAUGGUGCUUAUGGAUCGUCCGCGUCGAGCAGUGCGUCACGUGCACCCGCUGGUGUCGAGGAUGUCAUGGCUGAUGCCAGUAAUAGUUAUGUAUCGAGAGGACGUCAAGCGCGCGUCAAUUUUAUCACACAACCCACAAAGGAUUCUAAUGACGCUGCGAAGGAAUUGACGGAACCAAUUGUAUCCAAACUGCCAAUUCCCAAAGUUCAUUAUGAUGCAAAAUACCCGUCUAUUGCACCAGCCUAUAACUAUGAAAUGUAUCCGUCCCGCUCUUACGCGCCAUAUUUACGACGCUACGAUCGCAGCUUUGAUGAGCCGUAUUCGCGUUACGAUCCCUACAACUAUGAAGACCAUUACUUAUAUCGUCGGCGCUACGACCCUUACGAUAGCUAUAGUCCACGUGUUCCACAAUAUCCCGAACUCUACUACAAUUAUCCCGAUCGCCGCUACGACAUACCAGAGCCCAGGGACUAUAUUCCACUUUACAAUAAUGAAAUCUACGAUAAGGCAUCUUAUCCGGCAGCUAAUUAUCCCCCCGUUGACGGCUACACGUCGGCCAAGUAUCCAGAAUAUUCGCGGAAUCAACGCCGCAUAGUCUAUUAUGCACAUUUACCGGAAAUUGUGCGCACACCUUACGACUAUGCCAACAGAUACGACCGCUAUGACGACCUAAUGAAGGCAAAUAAAGCCAUCACCGGAGCGUAUAAAUACGACAAACAGGCGUCUGGUAGUGGAAGCUCUUUGAGCGGUACCGUCGCAAACACAGACUCCUACGCCUACAUGAAGCGCGACAAGAAGGAUCGGGCAACGCCAAAGCCCAGUAAGGUUAGCGUUAGUGGCAGACAGUAAGUGAUGCGCAGCUCAAAGCUACAAAC